UGAACACGUUUCUGGCAGGCGUUGAGUUACGACUGUAUCUCGCAUAUAUAUGUAAGACGUGUAUAAAUCCGCAUUCCGCGCGCAGAACUCAGAAGUUUUUGCGGCCAGCAGUGGAAAACGUCGUUUAACUUACACUCAAAGAUUAACAAGAUUUACACAGUUACAUUAUACUUUCUUGCAGCAUCAAGAGUAGCGCAGAAAAAUUGGUGUAUCUGACAAUUGAAAUCAUAUAAAGAUAGUGUUGCUCAGCACGGCCGUUAAUGGUGAAUUGCUUUUUUAAUGCGCACGUAUUACUCAUUCGCCGCAGUGCCAUUGUUGCGACAAGUGCUGUCGAAACUAUUACCUCGUCUGCGUUUUUUGUUUAAUUUUACUAAACAUCAGAGUUUCACUCAAUCAAGUAAUAAGUGUCUAACAGUUGUCAAAUACGUUAGUCAAAAUGUCAUCAAAACUAAGAAUAGAAGCUUCUACUAAAGUUUAUUCGGAUGAGUGCAUUUAUACGUGGACUAUCGAGAAUUAUCGCUUACUGAAAUUUAAAGUUGGAGAAAAAAUAGAAUCUCCACAAUUUGGCGUUGGCAGUGAUGAUAAAAAAUACUUCUAUUUGCGAUUAUACCCUGCAGGCAGGGAUGCAGAAUCUGCAGAAUACAUUUCGUUAUUUCUUACCCCUGUAAUUGAUUCAACGAAGAAACCGGAUAAGCUCGUAUGUAGAUUGAUUGUUUCAGUUAUUAAAGAUAAAAAAGUUGUUAUAAAAAACAAAGAGCACUAUGAUUUUGCGAGUGAUGGAAAAUUUGUUGGCUUUGGUUGGUCGAUAUUUUAUAAAUUGGAAAAUAUUGACCAAUUAAUUUCUGCCGAGAAUACUGUAACUAUUCAAUGUGAAUUAGAAGUGUUCAAUAAACAUGAAUCUUCAUUGAAAUCCAACGUUAUCAACAGCAAAGAACAGAUAAUUGAUAAAGUGAACUUGGACUUAUUGUUUCUUGGUGAAGAAUUCAGUGAUAUAAGAAUAAUAACUUCUGAUGGAAAUGACGUCCCAGCACAUAAAAAUAUACUCGCAGCGGCCAGCCCAGUAUUUAGGGGCAUGUUUACUCAUAAUAUGUUGGAAAAUAAAGAAAAUUCAGUGAAGAUAACAGACACUACUAAAAAUACUGUAAUUGAAAUGCUGAGAUACAUCUACACAGCUCGGGUUAUUAUCAACGAAGUAGAUAUUAUUAUUGAAUUAUUAGAAGUAGCAGAGAAAUAUCAAAUUGAUAAUUUGAAAAUUAAAUGUGAAAAAAUAUUAUGUUCUGAUUUGUCAUCUGAAAAUGCUAUCAAGAUAUUAAUAGCUGCUCAUAAAUACAAAGCAAAGUAUUUGGAAGAUGAAACAAUAAAGUUUAUUACAACUAACACUGAAUUACUCUCCAAUUCUGAAAAGAUGAAAGAAAUAGGUGAUUUUGAUAUAAUGAUCAAUUUAAUGCAAUCAAUAGUUAAAUCUCAUAAAAAUAAAGUUUGAUUAGUUAAUCAAGUAUGUUGUAACUUAUCAUUUUUAGAUAAUCAAUGUUAUAUUCAUAAUUAAAUUGUUAUAAUAAAUCUUUGACGGUUCAUGAUAUGAUGUUGAAAUUAAGUUUAAAAUUUUAAGCUAUUAUCUGAGUUCUAAAGAUACCAUUUGGAAAGUUGAUUAAUACUGAUUGUUUAUGCUUUGUAAUUCAAUACCUAGUUCAUUGUAUGAAAAGCAUUUGAAUAAAACUUUUUGUUUAACUAUCACUACAAUCUUAUGACGUAAUUAUAAUACAAUUUGUAAA